UUAAUAGAAUACAAAGUGCAGCAGCUACUUUUUUAUGAAAGUAUUGAUCUGUAAAUUAAAAUAGCAGACACCCUAUCGUCGAUGCUGGGACGCGUGAUUGACUUGAAUCAGCAGAAUCAUAACGAACCUUGUUGUCUAAUAAAGAUAUAUUAUUUCCUUUUCACUUAAAAUACGUGACAGCAAAACUACAAAAAUGUCAACACGCUAACUAACUACAAUGAAAUUAUGAUUAAAACGGUAGCACAACUCAAUAAAGUGAAAAUAACAUUCUGCGAGUUACGGACUCUUUCACCGGCGCUUGGAUUAUCGUUUGUUUAUGCUUUUAUAGCAUUCAGUUAACAAUUCGCUGGCGUCUUAAUAAGACGUGCGUAAGUCGCGUAUUAUAGUCGCAGAGUGGCGCAACAGUAGCGAUAAUGUCGCCUCCUGAUAUUGAAAGGGUAUUUGCAGUAACAUUGACAUUAUUGAUGAUCUUAGACUCGACUGUCUACGGGUUUUCAUUACAUCGGCCCAGAGACAAAAGCGAACAAUUACCGGCCGUAGACCUCAUAGCUGACGAAAGUACUUUACUGGAAGUAAAAAAUGAACUGAAAAGACCCAACGAUAUUAAAUCAUUUGAACGAAAUAAAGAAGGUGGAAACUCAGAGAAAAACAUAGCUGUUGAAAAAGUUAAAGGUAAUUUCGAAAAAUUACCUACUUCAGAUCACCUAAGAGAAAUAUUUAAUGCAUCAAAAGAAAAUACUACGACUACGCUUGUGCAUGAUGAAUUAUUAACUAGAUACAAUGAACAGUAUCCACCUUUAUCUCCAACAACGAAUAGCAGUACGACACCGGUACAAUUUACAGAGGUGCGUCAUAACCAUAACAUGGUUACAUUAAAAUCAACUGAACACGCCUUAACAGCGCCGAUCAACGAAAGUCGCAGUGCAUCCGAAAUAAUUUCUACCACUAAUAGCUCGGACUUUUAUGAUGUAACAACAGCGGUCCAGGAAAGUCACGAUACAACAACAUUAACUAGUCUCACUAAUGCAUUUACUGUAUCAAAAGAUUUGAUCCAGGAUAUCAAUGAAUUAAGCUCAACUGUUGAUAUGCAACCGUUCACGAGUGACUACGUGUUAACCAAUGACGCUCGCAAUGUAGAAGAUACAACUUUUUUUUUAAAUAAAGCCGAUGAGCAUGUUACUUUUAAUGAUGAAACAAAAUUGCAAAGCACUGCGCGACCAGCGGAAGAUUAUGUGACAAUCGUUACGCAUAAGGUGCCAUCCAGCGCAUUGACUACUGAUGGAAGUAUAUCAAUUUCUAAACAAAAUAGAGAAGGAAACAAUAUAAAAUCGGAAGCCGUUCUGACUGAAAUACCUACAGUUUCAACGGAACGAUCAAAAGAAUUAGUUUUAAGUACUAAUGAAAAAUCGAAAAAUGAAUCUCAUAGUAGCUAUGAAAUAAUUACGGAAAUAAGUUCGAUAAAGCCUGAAACGAGGGUGGGCAUGGUGUCGUCGAUGCGAGCCGGAUAUUUAGACUACUCUGGAAAGACUGUUCCUCAGUCCACUACAACCGAACACUUACAUGAUAAAUUAGAGUUUGUUGAAGACCAACCCAAAGAGACGGAAAACAAAAAUAUUAGUUUAACAGAGUCGGUAGGUCAAAUGUCAGAAGAUCUUAUCAAUGAGCAACUAUUGAAAGAAGAAGUAAUAAAAGACAACGCGGAAAAUGCUGAUAGAAAUCACGAUAUCCCAUCGCCGCAUGAAGGAGUCAAGCCACUUGCUGCGCAGGCAAGUACUACAAUGGACACUCCAAGAAAUGAAACAAACAAAGAACAAGCAAACGAAGACUUAAACAUUCAACCAAUCAUACACGAGCCCAUUAAGAACGCUGACUUAUAUACAGUAAGUCCAAAUUAUAAACCAAUGAAGAGGUUGGAAGUGCAACCAGCUAAGCCGUUCGUUCGAGAUCCAGAUGACAAUAGCUGGAGAAAUGAGAGUAUAAGUUCACUGGGAAUCGUAUUCAAACCAAAAAACGCGUCUAAAUCGUUUACGCAAGUUUUGAGAAACAAAACCGAAACCAUACUUAACAGUCUUGGAGAAAGAGACAGUAAAGGUGGCAUACCAGAUUUGAGAGAGAGAUUAGAAAAAAUUGCUGAAGUGAGAAAAUCUAAGAAGAAGAGAAUCAAUAAAUUCGGGGAUACAGUCUACAGUGAUUACGAAGAAAAAGACAACUCUAAUGAAGCUGGCAAUAAGUCGAAAAUUCAAAUCUCAAAUGGACCAACUUCCACUCCAAGCACAGUUAUGCAAAAGCCCGAUGAGAAAAGAAAUUUUAAUGUAGAUGUUAAUCCACAGCAAGGUACCGUUGAUUCUAACACAGACAAGCCAAAAAUCUACAAUGUUGCUGAAUACUACGACACAACAGAUGAGUACGACGCAGAGUACCUUACGUUGACAAAAAUAGACAUCAAGAAACAUCCUCAUCCAGUUAAAGAGACAUACACUUCCACACCCGUCACAUUUACAUCAGGCUACUACUUUCCGGAUCGAAGGCCGACCAUUCAUUUCUUCCCACCUCGUGUUGCACCGACAUCUAAUGAUCACAACGUAAUCCAUAGCAAAGUAAAUUCCUUGACGGUUAAAGACACAGAGAGCGAUGGCCUCUCAGGCACACUGCUCGCGACACCCGAAGCCAAAAAAGAGAGUGUAAUCAAACCAACCGGUUUCCCAAGAUAUAAAGCAGAGAACUUUAACACAAAUCUAUAUCUCACCGAAUCGGGACCGGUACCGCAACAGCAUGCCGAAUUUGACGGUAGCGACGGUCAUUUCAACAGAGCGUCCUAUGUUGUCAAGCAUUACGGCGAUUUUAUCAACGAAGCGGCCAGAGGCGAUGACGACAGGCAAGAUUACGCCAUGUUCACCGAAGCGCCGGUCCGCGGGGUCACUGCUCACGAGUUGGCGAAAUUGACGACCGACAAACGACAACCGCCGAGCCUGGAUGACGACUACGACUCGCAGUUCCGCAGAGACGUGCUGAACAGGUUCGUUGCUAACUUCAACCAGAACAGCGAGAGAUUUAAGGUUGAUUUCCCUGUUAUCUACAAUAAUAGCGUCGUUCACAAGAAGAUAGAGGAUAAUAGCAAAGUAUUGGCGUCGUCGACUGCUUUUAUGAAAAGAUUGUACAAUGACAUAGCGGCUACCAAACCGGGUUCCAUUUUGGAGAACAAGCCCUGCGAUCCGCACUGUGAGAACGUCACCGUGGAACUGUCGCCGGCUUACGAACUGCAUUAUUAUGUUCCUGACGAAGAAGAGAAACAGCCAGUAGAGGCCAAACCUUCUGCAGUCCCUUACAGAUUUAGGAUAUGAAAUUAUGCUGAAAAGUUGAGCGCAAUAGGUGGUAAAGGCAAGUUUACGCAAUCUGUUAACGAACAAGCGUACAGCGAACCGCACGUUAAUAUUCAUGCAAAAUCAACGACACGGAAAGGCAUAAGUUAUUUAUUUUCUAAUAAAAUGUCGUUUACAUUUCUAACUUUUACUUAUCUCGUACUAUGCCUGCAUGUAUCUGUACCGAUCAGUAUGUCGCGUGUUAAUCUAAAAUCAUUCAAAUUAAUCAAGCAUUAUUAAUUAGAAAUAAUUGACCUUAAUACUAACGGGUCGUAAAAUACCGAAUGAUAUUUUAAUAUAAAUGAUUUGAAUACAUACUUUAUUCUACAUGAAUAUUAAUGUUUUCGACACAAAGUAACAUAGGUCGUUAUUUAUUGAAUAAUACUAGUGUCACGUCAUAGUAUCCUAGAUAUUUUUAACCUAAUAAUCUUCCGAUAUUGUGUAAUGGCACGCCAUUUGUAAUAUGGGCGAAACAUGCAAUCGAAAGCGUCAAUACUACUGUACAAUGAGAGGAACCAGACAAACGAUAUUAUUGUGUAACACUUAUUUUAAUUGUGAUUAUACUUUUGUCAUUAUUAAAAUUAGGUUGUGUAAUGUUUAAAAAAAGUGGACCGUUUUCUUUUUAACGCAUAGAUUCCAUCUUUGAUUACACAUUUAUUUGAUGUUCGUUUUAUAAGUUGUAUUGAGAUGGAAUAAUCUUCAUAUUUACAUGCUAAUUGUUUUCAUUGAUACAUGUGGAUUUAGUCCCUUAUACUUUUUUCAUGUAAAUAGAAAGUUUUUUUUUGGGUUCAAGAUUGAAACAUCUGCGUAUUGAUAUAAAACAUGUGAACACAAUGUUAAACGAACUGGAGCUAUCCACAUGAGUUUAUAUGAGAAACAGCUCCUAAAAUAAUCUUGAAUUGUAAUAAUUUUUAAAAGCUUUGUAUUUCAUUCACAGCAGUGACACAAAUAUACUGUGGACAUAGUGAUUUAGUAAGUCCCUGGGUUUAAGGGGAAAAUCAAAAAAGUAUUUUAGAUAUACAUAUAUGUGUAAAGAAACAUCUUUUUUUGUAACUUUUAUAUAAAAUCUUUGGAACUUAUAAGUUUUGAAAAAAGUAUUUUUCUUAUAUAGAUUUACUGAACUCUGUCGUUGAGAAAAAAGAGGAUUUCAGUUUUAGUUAAUUUAUAAAUGAUGUGAAAUAAUUCUAAAAAUGAUUGAACAAUAAUAAAAUACUUAAUUGCGUUUUCUGUACACUAUUAAGAAAAUAACAUUUAAUGCCUUUAUUUUCCACAAUUUAUUAAUUUACACAGUACUACGGAAUUAAGUAAAACUGAACUCCUCUUUUUUCUCAAUGACAGAAAGUUCAAUAAAUCUAAAAAAGAAAAAACAUUAUUUUUAAACAAAAAAAUUUCAAAGGUUAACAUACAGAGGUAAACAUUACAUGAAAAGGUUUUUGUUUACAUAUGUCGUAAAGAAAAUAGACACACCGUGAAACCAUAUUCAAAAUUCAAAUACAUAACAUAAAUCAGUCAAUGUUUAUGUAUCUAGUUGUUUAAUUUAUCAGUAAAAUACUGAUUGUUAAUUUUCGGAAUAUCGGCAGGAUUCACUUCUUAAUUUUUUAUAUUUACUUUGUUUAUCUUUAAAUUAAUGUUAUCUUUAAAAUAUUGCCAAAGACAUGUACAGUUUAGGAACCAAAAACUAUUCAAAAAUGUGUGCCUUUAACUUUGAAAUAAAUUUACUCUGUUUUAGGAACAUUGUACCGUGUAAACACUGUACUUCCAAAAUAUUGUACUUAAGAAAUAAUGUGAGCGCAUGUGAAAAGUUUGUAUGAAAUGUUCUGUCAUAGUUUUUGGUAAAAUAAAAGGCUAGUAUAGGAUGAAAGUGCAGAGUAGCGUAGUUAAUAACACUUCGGGUAGCAAAUGUUAGACUUAAAUUUCGUAUUGUAAAACUUAUUACAUUAAUAUAAUCUCAAUGAGUAAUCUGAUAUUAUGUAGAAGUGUGAUGUAACUAAAUAAAAUUGUUUUUGUGAAGAAAAA